UUUUCUGUCUUUGUCUCACAGCUUCAUUUACAUAUUGCUGAAAGCCCGGCAGAAGUCAGCAAUGCCGCUUGUCAACAGCACAGAGGUGCAGUCCCUCCUGGUCUCCUUUCUACAGCACUGCUUCAACAGAUCCACAAUACCGGCUGCCUCCACACCUCAAAACUACACUACCCAGCAGGCUGUGCAGCACACAGCUGCAGUCGGGGCUCUCGCCCAGACUGAGGGCAUCAUGUAUAUUAUUAUGGUAGUUGGUGCUUUCAGCUUCUUCACAUUUGGCAUCAUGCUCAGCUACAUUCGCUCAAAGAAGCUGGAGAACUCUCACGAUCCGUACCACCAGUACAUCGCAAACGACUGGAGCAAGGUGGUGACCCCGUCCAGAACCGUGGCUGAGGCACUGCAGAGGGCAGCCAGAGGUGGAGGAGAGCCUGUGGUCAUCUCUAACCCUGGAAUACCCGAACAAAUAGACUAAACAUUUGUUAGCCAAAGUUCUCCCUGCUGGAAAAUUCUACGAAUCACAACACUAAAAUUUAAAUCCAAUUAUUUUGGUUAAUUUUAGAUGUGACACAGGGACAAUUAAAGUGCUAUCAGUAUAGUUUAACAUAUGCAACUUCACAAAUCAUUCGCAUUAUAAGUUUGUCUCAUGUGGUAAUUAUCAUUACUAAUAAACACAACUUGC